GACGAUCUAAUUUUUAUAGGUCAAGCGAUCCUAGCUACGAGCAAGACGAGGACGAGAAGCGAACAGCGAGCAAUUCCCCGGAGGUUACUCGACAUCUUCGUGGAUUUCCACGAUCGUCUUCCCGCAACCGCGUCCUCGUCGCCCUUCGCAGGUCGGAUUCUCGUCGACGAGGUACCUUGGCAGCGGUGUACGACAGUUAACCCCAAUGCGGUGCCAAUACGUAACAUUUAUCUGAAGGAUCACAUAUUCAGGGAUGCGUUCGGAAGUCCUACUUGUAGGGCGGAGCAGCAUUUAGUUGACCAAUCGGAGCGAGGAGAUUUUUGCUCCUUUUGUCCCGAUUGGUCGCGCCACUUAGCCUGUCGACUAUUUUCGAACGCACCCCAGCGUAUCAGAUGAAUCUCUCUCGCUUGGGACAAACACCGUCAGAGGGUGCGACGACCUCCGACGUGACCGGAUCCUGUCAGUAUGGCUUCCAGCUAUACACCAUACAUAUAUAUUUACGUCCGUAUAUAGGAGCGGAAAUCUUGGAUCAUGCAUCUCCUUAUUCGGAUUUAUUUUUUUCUACAAUUCGCGAGAGACUGAAAAGAUUAUAUGAUUCAAUGAGAAUGUUGUAUCUCUGAUCAUUUGUUAUAUAAUCAGAUAAUGUGGAUGAUAAAAUCGCACGUUAAUAGUGUCAAAAAAGCUGUGGAAACACAAGUGAUUGCGUCGAUGCAGAGACAAGGAUACACCUUGAAUGCUGUGAAUAAUUAUGAUGAGAAUUUGUUACAUACAAGCGCAGCGAAUGAUUGUUUUCGAAUUGUGAAAGAAAUUUUGAGUCAGAAGGAAAAUUGUCGCGUUAUAGACAGGAAGAAUAAAUUUGGUUGGACACCGCUGAUGCAAGCAAUCCGUAAUAGAAAUAUCGAUACUGUAACAUUGCUUUUAGAGAAGGGCACCAAAAUUGACCAAGUGACUUAUCUCGGUAUGUCGGUCCUCGGAUUAGCUGCUGCGAUCAACAAGAAGAUGUUCGAAACAGUGUACAACGCUUGUCCGAACGCUUUGGCGAACGCGACUAAUGAUGACAUUACUCCGUUAUGUGUUGUUGCCAUGAAAAACGACAAGGAACUCUUCUUCAGGCUAUUGGAAUUGGGCAUGCCGCUUUCGACUGAUAAUGAAUACACUCGCCUUAUGAUGAAACGUUCUACGAUUCCGGAGAUCGCCGCUUUGGUGAGCGAAGAUUCUGUCACGAAUGAUUAUUGGAACGAUACAUCAGAUAAUAUUGAAGUUAUAGAGCAGAAUAUCGACGGCACAACGAGAGAUUGUAAACUAAUGAAAAAUAACGAAAAUGAAAAACGGAAAACCAAGUUGCACUUACCUAUCUUUACAGAAUCCGACAAGCAAGAUUUAAUAUCACCAAACUUAACGUACGACAUAUUCAUGCUAUCUCCAAAUACUGUUUGCUUUGAGAAGGAUGAGCUUACGAAAUCGAAUGUAAUAUUCAAGGAUAAAGACGGAAGUAAAAAUAUAACAGAAACAGAUUGUGUGACAAUAAGGGAGUUUGAAUCACCUUUUAUUGAAAGAUUUAAAUCACGAUCUACGGAUGACACGAAGAAUUUAUCUUGCGAUCUGAAUGCUACUCUUGGAUUCAUACCCGAAUUCAGCCCUCUCAAAUCACCUAACGUUCCCUCUUAUGUUAAUGAGGAGAACGCGUUUGGAGAGAAUACUCCGACACCACCACGCUGCAAAACACCACCAAAAGGAAUGCUUUUGAAUUGGUCGCAGACGAAAAUGAUCAUACUAUUGAGACGCUUCGGACUAAACCAACAUAUUCCUAUAUUUCUUGAACAAGAAACAACACAGACUAAAUACCCAAAAAGGAUAUUCUCUGGAAUUCAGCCAACUGGAAACAUACAUUUAGGCAAUUAUUUUGGUGCUAUUCAAAGAUGGGUAGAAUUGCAGAAUGCAGGCGAAGAAGUUUUGUGCAGCAUAGUGGAUUUGCAUUCUAUAACUUUACCACAAGAUCCAAAAAAAUUGAGGGAAAAUACUCUGGUGAUGACUGCGACAUUAGUGGCUUGCGGUAUAGACUUUGAGAAAAGCAUCCUGUUUCAACAAUCCAAAGUGCCUAUGCACACAGAACUGUGUUGGGUUUUAAGUACUAUCACGACUAUGCCGCGAUUAGCGCACUUACCACAAUUCAAGGAGAAAAGUGAAUCUUUAAAGAACGUCCCUUUAGGCUUAUACAUCUAUCCUGUUCUACAGGCUGCUGAUAUAUUAUUAUACAAAGCAACACACGUUCCAGUUGGACAGGACCAAGCUCAACAUAUACAGUUGGCACAAGAUUUAGCACAGAUAUUUAAUAGAAAAUUUGGACAAACUUUCCCAAUACCACAUACCCUUAUCAGUGAUGGUCCAAGCCAACGGAUCAAAUCUUUACGUGAUCCUAUGAAGAAAAUGUCAAAGUCACAUCCAGAUUUUAAGUCCAGAUUAGACAUCUUGGAUGAACCAGAUGUUUUGUUGGAAAAAAUAAAGAAAGCUAUGACUGAUUUCACAUCUGAAGUGACUUAUGAGCCAGAAAAACGACCAGGAGUGGCUAAUUUGAUUAAUAUACAUUCUCUUUUUACUGGGAAAACACCAGAUGAAAUAUGUAAGGAAGUCACAGAGUUAAAUACAGGACAAUAUAAAUUGGUGUUAGCGGAUGUAGUAAUUGAGAAAUUAUCUCCAAUUCGUGAGGAUAUAUUGAGAUUAAUCAAAGAUCCUACUUAUUUGGACGAAAUUUUGAAGAAAGGUACAGAAAGGGCGACAGAACUCGCAACAAACUGUUGGGAGGAAGUUACGAACAAAGUUUUUGGUAUUGAUACAAUACAAGAAGUGAAAAAUAUAACAAGUACUGUAAAGAUUAUGUAGGAAAUAGCUAUUUGUGAUAAAUAAACUAUACAAUUUUUACAAAAUAGA